AGGUACCUAUUAGUGAUCAUUGACAGAUUCAGCAGGUGGAUAGAAGCAAUCCCUUCACCAGAUCAAGGUGCUAAAACAGUGAUUAAAUUCUUGACAAGAGAAGUCAUACCAAAGUUUGGCAUCCCGUCAAUGAUCAGUUCAGAUAAUGGAUCGGCCUUCAUUGAGAAAACAAUUAAAAAGGUAUUGCAAAUGCUGGGGAUAAAACAAAGACUUGGCUGUGUAUACCACUCCCAAUCACAGGGAAUGGUGGAAAGAGCAAAUAGGAUCCUAAAAAAUAAAAUAGCUAAAGUCUGCGCAGACACUGGUCUUAAUUGGGUAAAUGCUUUUCCAGUUGCUUUGAUGAUGUACCGUUCGCAAACUAACAGAGUGACGCAUCUAACACCGCAUGAAAUGCUUACUGGUCGACCAAUGCCUACACCUGUUUGGAGGGAACCCCAUAAGGGUCCCUCUUUAGAGCAGCUUGAGCUUGAAAUGCAGCGCUAUAUCAGGCAACUAACCACUAUCCAUAAAGUUAUAUAUUCACAGGAAAAGAAAAGGCAGCCUGCUCCAGAAGAACCUGUACAUCCAAUCAGACCUGGGGACCAGGUUUACCUGAGGGUUUACCGAAGGAGAUGGAACCAAGCCAGACGAGAGGGCCCAUAUGAGGUGACGCAAGCCACAGCCACAGCCGUCCAAGUAAAAGGCAGCACAACCUGGUACCACCUAAAUCAAUGCACUCAAGUCCCAAGGGUACCUCAUGGAUCACAAGGAGAUGACGACUCUGCUUCUGACGGAGGAGGAACCAGAUCCCGAGACACACCCUAUGUCAUAUCAAAGGAACCUUCAGGCAAUGCACAAAGAGGGAGGCCAAGCCCAGGAAACCAGCCAGACAAUCGAGAUGUCAGUCUUCAGCAUGCGGCGAAUCCAAGAUGUACCAGUCAUAAUAGUCUGUCCAAUCCCAAGGGAGACACAGACAACAACGACGGUGAUGAAAGAACAGAUAGUGAGUUCCCUGAUCCAGAUGACAUCAACUCAACGGUUGAAGAUCCGUUUGCUGCUGACAAUUCUGGUCCUGCUGAUCAAAGACCAAACAAGCCCAGGGGAAGGACAAUUUAACCCCCUCUCAACAAUUGAAUAUUCAGAUAUUGCCUGGACCCCAUAAUAAUACUGACUUUCAUGGAGAGAAAGAGACAUAAGUAUUUGGGGCAAAUGAUACACAUUUAAGGAGGACUAACAGAAGUAUUAAGAUUAAACGGAACAGCAAAAAUGACAGUGAAAAUACAGAAUUAUGGGAAGAAGCCCAAAGCAAUGACUGGUACCAAUGGGUAAUUUACACAGCCAGAGAACUAGCGAAGAAGGAGUGUUUGUUUUGUGCUAAAGCUAAGCCCGCCAUAAUUAUAGUGCCAUUUCCGUAUACCUCUGAAUCAUGUAGGCAGUACAUUACAAGGAGGAAUGAAUAUUGUCCUUUUUGGUGUAUAUUAUUACAGGGAUCAUCACAAUUCACCAAAGAAGGACUCAAAAUGUUAAAUUGUAGACAUUCAGGAAUCUGGCCCACCACAAAACAAAAGCCUCCUAGGUACACUAAGAUAACUGCCCAAAAGUAUGAAUGCUAUUCACGAAAAGGGACAGUGCCAGUAGGGAGGUUUGGAGGUAACUGUUCUAAAACAUGGAAUUUAGAACACUCAUCUAUAGUAAUGAAGGCAGUAGACUUACAGGAUAGGCCCUUAGCAGACAGAUGGUGGUUAUGUGACCCUAAACUUGGACUCCUUGACACCUUGCCAGCAAAUUGGUCAGGGAUAUGUACUAUGGUAAUGGCAGUACAGGA